AUGACAGAGCCUAAUCCAAAGUUAUUAUCACUUUUAGAAAAAAUAAAUAAUCCUAUUGAGAGUUUGAAUCUUUCAAUUAAGGUUCAUGGUGUUUAUGGAUUUCCUGAGGAAUGGAAAACAACAGAUGAUUUGAAUCCUAAUCUUUUUACUUACUAAACUAAAUUUUUAGGGUUAGAUAUAUUAGAAGGAAAAAUAGUACCUAGAUAGCUGACUGAAAAAGAAAUUAAAGAAGCUGAAGAAGCAGCCGCUGCUAAGAGCAAAAAGCCUGUUAAACCUGAUCCUAAGCAUUAACCCCCUCCUGAGCCUGUUCUAACUCCUGAGGAGCAAGAAGCUUUAAGACUUAAAAAAGAAUAGGAAGAAGAAGAAGAGCGCAGACGCCAAGCAGAAUGGGAUGCCUUGGAUGAAAAAGAAAAAAAUUUCAGAACUCUAGAAGAUAAGCACAAGCAUCCAUGGGUUAAUUAUGAAAAAGCAGAAGGAACUUAGUUAAAAGAAGGUGAACAAUUAGUUAUUCUAGAAGAAAGAGUUUAUGAUGAAAAGGGAGAAUAUAUUUACUUUACAAAGCUCCCUACAUUAACAGAAGAAGAAUUAGUCAAGGCAAGAAAAUAAAAAAACAAAAACCUCAAUGUCAAUGAUCUUAAUUAAGUUUAAAUGAGGGCUUGGGUCGAUUUAAGCGACUUUGAAGUCCCUGGUACCGUAGAAGUUGUAAAGCGUUGCUAUUUGGAACAGAUUUUAACACCUGAAACUCCUGCUGAAAUACCAAGACCUAACUUAGAAAAAACUUACAUAAAAAUAACUAUUUCAAUGGACAGGGCAAUAUCACCAUUAGUUGAAGAAGUAUUACCCACAAUUAGAGAUUUAAUUCCUAGACCUCCUCCUAUUCCCCAAUAGCCACCAAGUAAAUAAUGUAUCUCUGAAUUUAAAUCAGAAUUAGUGCUAGCUAUGGAAUCUCUAGCUUUAGAAUACUUUUAAUUUAGCAAUUAAAAUUUCAGCAAUAAUAACAAUGAAAAAAAGUAAGCCUUUACAGUUUAAAAGGCUCAAGAGGCAUAAGCCAGAAAGGAGCAAUUCUUGUUCCACUUUAAUAAAGAUGGAAAAUAUAAAGUCCUUAAAGAGAGACUCAAAAAAUCUAUUGUUAAAAUAUGCAGAGACAAAUUUUAAAAGAGUGGAUCAAUAACAGGUAUUACAACUGAUCAGAGGGAUUAAUUUUAUUCAGAAUUAUAUGUUUUCUUGAUGGAAUAAACAAGAUAGACUCUUAGUGAUUUAGUUUCUUCAAAAAGAGAAGAGUUACAUGAGGAUAUUGUUACAACAUACGAAUAAAGCUAAAAAGAAAGAGACAGAAUUUUAUAGAAUAUCACAAAAGAAUCUGAAAAGGAUAAACUAAUACGUUUAGCUACAGAUUAUGAAAUUUUGAAUUAAAUUGAUUUGGCUGAGAAGAAUUUUAAAAAUCUCAUCUAAUUAAAUAAAAGAGAACCAACUUCAUAUUUCGCUUACACUAAAUUUUUACUUAGAAAUAAGAAUUUAAGUAAGGCAGAGGAAAUGCUUGAAAAGGCUCUUAUUUUUGAUGUAGAAAACAAGGAAUAUUAAAUUUUGAUGGCAUGUUUGCUUUUGAGAAGAAAUAGAUAUAAGGAAUCUUUAUUGAUUUUAAGAGGACUGGUUGAAAAAAAUCCAACUAGUAUCUUAUAUAAUAUACUUAUUUCUUUCGCCUACUUAAAAUUCACCAAUGAAACUAAACUUGCUGAAAAGUAUAAGAGAAUAGCUGAAAGAAUAUUCCUAAGAAAUCAAGGACUUCUUCAAUCUAAGGCAAACCAUAAAAAGCAUCCUAAUCCAUUUGAAGUGCCUAGUUUCAAGCCUAUUUAAAACGAGGCCGAAAUGAAUAAAGGACCCCAACUUAAUAACGAAUAAUGGAAUGAAAUUUAUGUAGAACUAAUUGAUUUCUUCUCAAAAAAUAACCUCUUUGAGCUGGUUGAAAAGUGCUUAGAUCUAGUCUUCGAUUUAAAUACUUACAAGAAUGACUUGAUUUAAUGUUAGAUUUAAUAGUUCAAAGGAAACUAUGACGAAUGUUUAAAUAUUGUAAACAGAAUCAUUGAAAGCAAUAAAAAUAGUUAUGAAGUGUUAAUGAUUAAGGCUAAUAUCUGUUAUUUAUCUAAUAAAUUAUAUGAAUGCGAAGAAACUUUCUUAAGGGCUCUUAAAAUAAAAAAUCAAAAGUAGUAAGCUUAACAUAACGUGACCAUUUAUCUCAGACUCGGCUAUAUUUACUUGUAUAGAAAAUCAUGGGGAGACGCAAAAGCAAUCUUUGCUAGGUCUGUUGAAAGCAAGUCUAACUCAAGCUUGGCUUGGCUUGGUUUAGGUAUUUCCUGUUUAAGAAUAGGAGAGCUAAAAGAAGCUGAAGAAGCACUUUCUUAAGCAAAUAUAUAUGAUCCCUUCAAUGGAGAUACUUGGGGAUAUUUAGCUUUAUUAUGCCUUAUACAGCCUGGUAGAUUCACUCAAGCCAACCAAUCAUUAAGAGAGUUAUUUAAGACCGAAGUAGCAGAUUUUGGUUUACUAGAAGAAUUAGGUGAUGAAUUAGCAAAAAUUGGAUAUAACGAAACAGCUGAAAAACUCUAUUUAAAAAUUUUCGAAGUUUCUGAUUAAAAAUAAGUUAUUUCAAGCUACGGUGAAAUUAAUUUGAAAUUAGGUAAGAUUUACACAUCAUUAAAGAAAUAUCAAGAAGCAUUGCACUGUUUUGAAGAAGCUCAAAGCAAUAUUGAAGGAGAGAGUGCGAAAAGUGAGAUUAAAAUGCUUAUUGAUAAUGCUAAGUAUUAUGCGUCGCGCUAAAAUUAUGAGUGA